AUGCCUGUUUCCAAAAUCGUCACCAAUCCCUACUUCUCUUUCAUUACACCCGAAAAGCUCAUUAAAGUUGCUCCUAGUCUUGCUACCUGGGGUGCUGCUGCUGGUUCUGCUGUUCUUCUCUUCGGUUCUGAUGUUCCCUUAGUAAAGAAGGAUCUCUUGAGCAAGAUUCCCAUUGCUGGAAAAUACUGGACUGUCCCUGAAGAUAACUAA